AUUCCCAAAAAACUCUCUCAAGAGAACGGAUCAAAUUCAAAAAGUUUAGUGUUCAAAGUGUUUGAGCUAUGGAAGUGAAUUUUAAAGUGAAUGGACGUGAAUGUAAGAUCUUAGCUGGAGAAAUAUCUCCAGACACAUCCCUCAACACUUACCUGAGGACUCAUCUGUGUCUCACGGGAACGAAAUUCAUGUGUCAAGAAGGUGGCUGUGGAUGCUGCAAUGUAGCGAUCCAGGGAGUUCAUCCAGUGAGCAAGGAACAGUUCACUUUGGCCAUUAAUUCGUGCCUCUUCCUCGUGUAUUCCUGUCACGAUCUCAGCAUAACUACCAUCGAAGGACUGGGGAAUAAGAAGACAGGUUACCAUUCAAUGCAGCAGCGCUUGGCACAUUUUGAUGGUAGUCAGUGUGGCUUCUGUUCUCCGGGAUUCAUCAUGAAUAUGUUUAGCCUUUACAUUGGAAAAUACGGAAGUGUGACUGCAGAGGAAAUUGAAGACUGUUUUGGUGGAAACAUUUGCCGAUGCACGGGAUACCGCCCUAUCUUAGAUGCUUUCAAGUCCUUUGCGACUGAUGGAACGCAGGAUCUAAAAGAUCUCUGCGGGGACAUUGAGGAUCUUUCUUUGCAAAAAUGUCCCAAAAGUGGAAAGAUUUGUGCUGGAAAAUGUCGUAGUUCUUUGCAUAUCAAACCUGAUGACAAUGCCACUUGGCACAAGGUCUAUACUUUGGGUGAAGUUUUGCAGAUCCUAAGCAGUGUUGGAUCUCAAAAGUAUAGAUUAGUGGCAGGGAAUACUGCCCAUGGUGUUUACAGGAUGCCCUAUGAUAUUGAAGUUUUUAUAGAUGUGUCAUCAGUGACUGAACUAAGGGAUCAUACAAUUGGGAAUACUAUAGUCUUGGGCGGAAAUGUUACAAUCACAGAGUGGAUGGCAAUUCUUUUGGAAGCUUCUGAUCAAAGGUCCGGGUUCAGUUAUUGACGCCUCGUGAGAAAUCACUUGAACCAAAUGGCAACGAUUCCUGUAAGGAAUGUUGGUACAAUCGCUGGAAAUUUAAUGAUCAAGCACGAUCAUAAUGAAUUCAUCUCUGAUAUCUUUCUUGUACUGGCGACUAUUGGUGCUACAAUUACAAUAACCGAUACGAAUGGAGACCAUCAGACUGUAUCCCCUAGAGACUUCCUAACAGUGGACAUGGACAAGAAAGUGAUUACACUGAUUACAAUGCCUUGGAUUGCUCCCGAUCGAUACCGUUUGAAAUUUUACAAGGUGUCGGACAGGGCUCAAAACGCCACUAUUUACAUGAAUGCCGGAUUUCUCCUGGAAAUUGAUCAAGGAUCAGGAUUUGUGAUUUCGUCAACGAUUGUGUAUGGGGGGGUUAAUCCAAGUUUUGUUCGUGCAAAGUCAGUUGAAAAGUGCAUCAACGGAAAGGAUCUGUUUCACAAUAAAACGAUACAAUCUGUUGUUAAUGAAAUAUCCAGUAAAUUUGUCUUCGAUGACUCCCUUCCCAAUACAUCAGCAGAGUUUCGUCGAAUACUUGCAAAGGGAUUGUUCUACAGAGUAGUCCUAAGUCUAGCACCGAGGUCUAUCAUAUCACCUAAGUACCAGAGUGGUUCCAGUCCUAUCUAUCGACCUCUUUCAUCGGGAAAACAAACUUAUCAAUCUACACCGGCCUUGUAUCCACUGACUCAACCUAUUACGAAGGUUGAAGCUCUAGUUCAGUGCAGUGGUGAGGCCGAAUAUGUGAAUGAUAUUUACGUACACGAUGGUCUCUGGGCUACGUUUGUUUUGUCUAAUGAUCCACUGAAGACUAUCGCAAGCAUUGACGCAAGUGAAGCCCUAGCUGUUAAAGGGGUCAAGGCAUUCUUUAGUGCUAAGGACAUUCCAGGAGUAAAUUCUUUUACUUCCCAGAAAAAUCCAGCUUUUCCCAGUUAUCUAGAGCCUGAAGAAGUAUUCUGCAGUGGAAAGGUUCUCUUUCAUGGUCAACCUGUUGGUAUGAUCGUUGCUGAAAAAAUGUCACAAGCUGUCUAUGCUGCAGACUUGGUUAAAAUUCAUUAUGACAGUAAAGUAAAAGAUGAAGGAUCCAUAGCUUCCCUCUACAGAUACUUCAGGGGAGAUCCAGUUGAUAAAGAUAAGGUUCUGCCUACUCUUGAUGAUGUUCUCAGAGAAGACCGCAAGCUAACUGAACAUCGUUUUCAAACACCUAUUGUAAUAAAAGUGGCUACUCAACAGGGUAUAGGCCAGGCAGAUCACAAUAUCAAGGGUCACAUAUUUUGUGGUCCUCAGUAUCAUUAUCACAUGGAAACCCAACAAGCUAUCGCUAUCCCAACUGAAGAUGGAAUAGAUCUCUAUCCAAGCUCACAAUGGAUGGAUUUCGUAAAUACGGGAGCUGCUCAAGUUUUGGGUGUUAGUAAUAAUACCCUAAAUAUUCGGGUUCGACGCCUUGGUGGGGCCUUUGGGGCAAAGAUCAGCCGUUGUAGUCAAAUUUCUGCUGCAGCUGCUCUUGCAUGUUAUCAUCUCCAUCGGCCCAUUCGUAUGGUUCUGCCUAUGACAACAAAUAUGCGUGCAAUCGGGAAGAGGACCCCUGCAUAUUCUGAGUACGAUGUUGAUUUCACCAAUCUAGGUGUCGUUGUUAGGUUACAUUGCGACGUAACUCAUGAUUCAGGAUGUAAUACCAAUGAUGCGAUGGACUUAUACUCAUCCUUGUUCCAUACUAAUUGCUAUUCAACUCAGUCUUGGACCGUUGUCUAUCACUAUGUCAUUACUGAUGCUCCCUCGAACACUUGGAUGAGAUCUCCUGGAAGUACCGAAGUGAUUGCGAAUGCGGAAACCGUAAUGGAACAUAUUGGAUGGGUCUUGAAGAAGGAUCCAAUUGAAGUUCGCUUGGCCAAUAUUGACUCUACCAAUCCGAUAAGAAAGAUUUUCACAGACUUUCUGGUCUCAUGCGAAUACUAUAAGAGACUUGAUGCAGUAAAUCAAUAUAACAGUGUCAAUCGUUGGAAGAAACGAGGAGUUGCAAUUUCAUUAAUGCAAAUGCCAUUGGACUUUGGGGGUGUUUUUGAAACGCUUGUUUCUAUUUAUCAUGGAGAUGGUAGUAUUGCUAUAAGUCUUGGAGGAAUUGAAAUGGGUCAGGGUCUACAUACGAAAUGUAUCCAAAUUGCAGCAUCAGUCCUUGGGGUUCCAAUAGGAUUGGUGAAAAUUAAGACACCAAAUAAUGUCGUGAGUGCCAAUUCCUAUAUAUCUUCUGGUAGUAUGUCCACUGACACGUUAGGAAUCACAGUUAGAGCUUGUUGUGAGAAGCUUAAUGAGCGAUUAGCUCCUUUGAAACUUCAGAAUCCUCAAUGGUCUUGGGAAGAAAUCGUUCAGGCAGCUUUUCUUGCGAAUAUUGAACUCGUGGCUACGCAUCAAUUUAGUCCGGAUCAAAUAGCACCUUAUAUUGUCUAUGGUGUGUCUUGUGCCGAAAUCGAGAUUGACGUCCUAACUGGGGACUUUCAGCUUCGCCGUGUAGACAUUGUAGAGGAUGUUGGUCAGAGUAUUAGCCCUAGAGUGGAUGUAGGUCAGGUAGAAGGUGCCUUUAUAAUGGGUAUGGGCUAUUGGCUUCAUGAAAAACUUGUGUACAAUCGUAUUACUGGUGAACUGCUUACGGAUCGAUCCUGGAAUUACAAGCCACCAGGAGCUAAGGAUAUCCCUGUAGACUUCCGGGUAACGCUCUUACAAACAAUAUCUUCAGCAUCAGGUAUUCUAGGAUCAAAAGCUUGUAGUGAACCAGCUGUGUCUAUGGCCGUUGUCGUAGUAUCUGCUCUGAGGAAGGCUCUCGAGUCUGCUCGUAAGGAUGCAGGUGCUCCGGACAUAUUUAUAACCUUAAACGCCUCGACAACUAAGGAAGAUAUUCUUAUUCUAGCUGGCACUCCUAAUGAGCAGUUUGCUCUAUGAAUUUUUAUAAAUAUGCUUUACAUGUUCAUUGUACGACGAUUAUGUGGAAUAAAUAUAUUUUUCAGAGUUCAA